UCGGUUUCGUUUCACUAAUCGCCUGGCCUAUUUCAUUUCACUAAUAACCGAGAGAAGUGAGGGUCAUCUCGUGCGUCGCCGCCUCAGCAAAGAGAGAAGAAUAUAGAGGGGGAAAAUACAGUAAUGAGGAGAUUUUACCUGCGCGCACCUAUGUGAUAUCUACAGCUACAGUGCAGCCGGCAAUUUGAGACGAUAACCUUUGCGCGUCAGUGCCUGGGCAGAGCGGCAUGCAUUCAUUUGUGCGCCUGUUGACCCGGCUCCUCAUCAACCCAAUGAGCGCCGUGGAGGGGAGGCUCUCUUCGCCACCGUGCAUCUCUCCUCCAUCUCCUCCUCACUUUUCCAGUCGGCCAGCAAGCCUGUCGGAGCUCUUAACUACAACCCCAACACUGUCACUCCGCCUUGACAAACUGCAGGAAGGAUUUCUAGCCUCUCCGCGUUUUGCUCGUUUUCACACCGCCUCGAAUGAAACGCAUUGGACUUUCUUUUGCGUAUUUUGAAGGAGGAAAAAAAAUGGUGCAGCAACGGAAAAGGAUGCAAGUCUCACUAGUCUCCCCCUCGGAAUAACGCCAAAUGGAUGCUGUGCUGAGCUCACCCCCUCACCAACUGCUAUGGAGGCAUGCCAAGCCAUGCAAGUGACCUUUAUCACACCAUGAAUGCAAGCUCCGCCGUUCAAAGAGGACACAAGUAACCUUUUCUUGUUAUCUAAGAAGGAGCUGUUGAUCUGAAGAGAGGAGCUGGAAACGAGAGUGAGAGAGAGAGAGGCCGGGAGAGAAGAGACUCGUAAAGCAAACAAAAACAAAAACAAAACAAAAACACACAACGACAGGAUGCCAAAGCGGUCCGAGGAGAUGCUGGUGGAUCUGUGGAUGUCCUUGCUGCUGGUGUGGAUUACUUGUGUUCCCUGCGUGACUAUGACUCCUAUCAUGGGCCCGUCCAAAAGUACACAAACUGGUGGGUCCGCAGCGGUGGCGAGCGGUCCUGGCGAAGGACAAAGAUUACUGAGCCGCGCCAAGAGAGGAUGGGUUUGGAAUCAAAUGUUUGUGCUGGAGGAAUUUUCUGGACCCGAUCCAAUUCUAGUUGGCAGGCUACACACAGACUUGGAUGUGGGUGGCAAGAACAUCAAGUACGUCCUAGCAGGUGAAGGUGCAGGCACCAUCUUCGCCAUCAACGAAUUAACAGGCGACAUCCAUGCCAUGAAGAGGCUGGACCGUGAGGAGAAAGCCGAGUACACGCUAACAGCCCAGGUCGUUAAUGCCGACACAGACGAGCCCUUGGAGCCGCCGUCCGAGUUCAUCAUCAAAGUCCAGGACAUUAACGACAAUCCGCCGCAGUUCAACGAAGGGCCUUACCGAGCCUCUGUUCCAGAAAUGUCUGCUGUUGGUACCCCAGUUACCCGGGUAACAGCCACAGAUGCAGAUGAUCCAGUGUACGGGAACAGCGCUAAACUAGUCUACAGCAUUCUGGAGGGACAACCGUAUUUCUCUGUCGACCCCAACUCAGCGACCAUAAAAAUCGCUCUCCAUGGGAUGGAUCGGGAGAUGAGAGAGGAGUACCUGGUGGUCAUUCAGGCUAAGGACAUGGGAGGUCACAUGGGAGGCUUGUCUGGAACAACGACUGUCACCGUCACGCUAACGGAUAUCAACGACAAUCCGCCAAAGUUCUCUAAAAGUCUUUAUGAAUUCGUGAUCCCUGAAGACCUACCGAUAGGAAAAAUGGGCGGCAAGGUGAAAGCAAAUGACAGAGACAUCGGUGAGAAUGCCAAGUCAACAUAUAGCAUCAUCGAGGGAGAUGACCAAGGCAUGUUUGAGAUUAUUACGGACGCGCAGACACAAGAAGGGAUUCUUCGACUGAAAAAGCCUAUAGACUACGAGAGCAAGAGAGCCUACACCUUGAAAGUUGAAGCCACCAACAUCCGCUCUGAGCCCAGCAGUGGUGGGCCCUUCAAGGACACAGCCACAGUAAAGAUUGUGGUGGAAGACGCUGAUGAACCUCCUGUUUUCUUCAAACCAGUGUACUUACUAGAAGUGAAUGAGAACGCCCCUAUCAACACAGUCAUAGGGACAGUCACCGCCAGGGAUCCAGACUCCACUGGGAGCCUUGUCAGGUACUUCAUCGAUCGGCACACAGACCUGGAGAGGCAGUUCAACAUCAACGUAGACGAUGGGAAGAUCACACUGGCCAAACCGCUGGACCGGGAGACAGACAUGUGGCAUAACAUCACAGUAACUGCCACAGAAGUCAGAAAUCACAGUCAGAUAUCGAGGGCGAUUGUGGCCAUCAGAGUAAUGGACAUUAACGACAAUGCCCCUGAAUUUGCCACGGAAUACGAGGCCUUUCUCUGUGAAAAUGGAAAACCUGGACAGGUGAUCCAGACUGUCAGUGCGGUGGACAAAGACGACCCGAUCCAGGGCCACUACUUUGACUAUCGUCUCGUCCCGGAGAUGCUCAACAACCCCAAUUUCACCAUCAAAAACAACCAAGACAAUUCAAUCAGUGUUCUGGCCAAGCAUGAUACCUUCCGGCGACAGAAACAGGAGAUGUACUUCCUGCCAAUCAUUGUGACGGACAAUGGGAAUCCACCGAUGAGCAGCACCAACACCUUGACCAUCCGAGUCUGUGGAUGCAGUAAGGAUGGCAUUGUCCAGUCCUGCAACGUGGAGGCCUACGUCUUACCAAUCGGCCUCAGUAUGGGAGCUCUUAUUGCCAUCCUGGCCUGCAUUAUACUGCUAUUAGUAAUAGUUGUACUAUUUGUGACCCUGAGGAGACACAAGAAUGAGCCUCUGAUUAUAAAGGAUGACGAAGACGUGAGGGAGAAUAUCAUCCGUUAUGAUGAUGAAGGAGGCGGCGAGGAGGACACGGAAGCAUUCGACAUCGCAACGCUGCAGAACCCGGAUGGCAUCAAUGGUUACCUGCCACGCAAGGACAUCAAGCCCGACCUGCAGUUUAUGCCCCGGGCGGGCCAGCACUCUGGCCCAAAUGGCGUGGACGUGGACGAAUUCAUCAAUGUACGACUCCACGAGGCAGACAAUGACCCCACAGCGCCGCCUUACGACUCCAUCCAGAUCUAUGGAUACGAGGGUCGGGGAUCCAUUGCUGGCUCCCUCAGCUCACUGGAGACGGCGUCGUCAGACUCAGACCAGAACUAUGACUAUCUCAGAGAGUGGGGCCCACGCUUCAGAAGACUUGGGGAGCUCUACUCUGUGGGCGAGAGCGACCGCGAGACCUGACCUUUGGUUUGUUAGAAAAAAGACCUUUCUGAUUUUUUUUUCUGUCCACAUACUUGUGUAUUAAACGCUAGGGGGUUUGCUGGCUUUUAGAAACAGGUGUUUAAAAAGAAAAACAGUUAAUAACAUGGGAGGCCACCUUUUUGUAUUCUUCUUAGAGUGAGGUAUAGCAGUCGUCAUCCACUAUGUCAAGCGCAUUGUAAUUGUUGAGCCAAACAAUGUCUUUAUUAGGAGAUCUAUGAUUCUUGUGGAGUGUAACUUAGAUUCCGUUGUGGAGUGUCUAGCAGUAUUUUGGGUGUUAGUCAUUUGCUGUGACUGCCAGUAGCAGAAAAACCCUGGGAUUGCUGGUAGUUACCCGAUGAAAGGAAAUAACGGAUAUCGUUGGGUUCUCUGAAGCUUGAGCGGACACUCCAUGCUCCAUGGACAGCAAGCCGGACCUCAGAAGCUGCAGAGGGACUCUUGUUUCAUGUCUCCGUAAGCCACCCAGCUGAUUGGUGAUCUGAAACAAAAUGACAAUGAAAAAGCAAUAUAUGGUCUACAUUACAAUGAUGAAUGUAUGUAUGAUUUGAAAAAAAAAGCAAAAAGACAAACCAGUAUUGGCUUUAAGGUGAAUUUGUUAUCAUUUGAUAUGUUCGCUGGUGGCCACAUUUAUAAACUAUCUAAAGCCCAGAAAGGCUUGCUUUAUACAACUCUUUGUAUUUACACGCUACAGGUGUGGGUCGCAAGUGUUACUAGCCUAUAAAAGACUGAAGUGAAGACAAAAAAGAGAAAUGUAGAAACUCUGAGGCCUUCUUUUUACAGAAGCAACAUUAAAUACAAUUGUAAUCUACUGUUUUUUGACAAGAGAUGUGUUGAUUCUUCAUUAUUGUUCUAUGAGUUAUUGUAUUUCUGUUCUUAAAUAAUUUUCUUUCUGUGCUGACAAUUUGAAGUGAGUGUUAAGAUUAUUUCACAUUCAGCUGUUUUUUCCACCACUUGAACACUAUGUCAUAACAGCCAAACCAUAUCAUGAAUUUAUUGCAGUUGAUAAUAUAGACUAGAUGUAAGCAAGAAACAAACAAGAGCUCUAAGUUACUCUAACAAUACAGAUGAUCUAAUUAAUUGGGACUGCAGGAAUGGGACCUUUCUGACACAUCCUAAUUCUGUGUAAAAUAUAUCCCAUAAUAUAUUCUGAGGUACAUGCCAGUGAGCAUCUGAGCACAAUAGUCCAAUUGAUACCUGAGUACGUGACUCCUUCCAAACAUCAAAUCUCAUUUAGGAAACACAGAUUGCAUCAGCCCAAGAAAAACGAAGACACAAAUCCAGACCAUGUGCAUAUUGUGCUUACACUGUAUGAUAUCAAUAAAAAAGACUUGUACUGUACAUAGAGUUACUGCUAACGUCAUUAGCUUUCAAUGAGGUGGUAGGUUUGUCUCUGCACGUUAGCUCUUGCACAUAAUGAGAAUUUCAAUGGCACUACAGCUGCGUGCAAACUCAGUUUGUACUGAUACAGUAUUAUGGCAGUUCUCUGUAGACUAAACAAUAUAUAUGGAAUAGUCCUACAUGCAGAUCAUAUUUUGUACUGUGCUUUAAUGCUUAUAAAUGUGUAUGUUCAAUUAUUUACUCCCUGUACUGUAAUCUAAGAU